CAGGUGGUCGGCCUCUACUUCUCUGCUGAAUGGUGCACACCCUGCAAGUGCUUCACGCCCUCGCUGAUCGACGUCUACUCCCGGAUGAACUCACAGGGCAAGAAGAUGGAGGUGAUCUUGAUCUCUGGGGAUCGGACCGAAAGGGACUUCCAGCACUACUUUCACCAGAUGCCAUGGCUCGCGCUGCCCUUCAGUCAGCGGGACAUCAAAGAGGCAAUAGAGCGUGAGAUUGGCCAUGAUAGCAUGCCAUUGUUGGUACUGGUCGAUCCACGGGAUGGCAAGAUCCUCUCGAAGCAGGGCCGCAAGGUGAUCCUUGAAGACCCUUAUGGAGACAAGUUUCCUUGGCGCGAU